UCGUAAUUCUUGUUUUCGCCGCAAUUUCCUUCCCUCAAGAGGUUUACAGCUAAGGCUUUCCGCUUACAACCUAAGGCGUCCUUCUAACAUGAUAAGGCAGACAGUCAUUAGAACUCCGCUCCAAAUUACGCCCCCGACCAGUAAAGUCACCACAAGCAGCGGCGCUAAGACCACCCAGGGUAUAUCUGUUAGAUACAGUUCCCUGAUAGUGACAGUGGCACAGAAUACAUCAUCAAGUGGCAAAGCUGCAACAAGUAUCCCAUCACAUGUUGGAAAUUCUGGUCUCCGUAACGCAAGCGCAUUCUAUAAUAGCACACAGGGGCCGGCAACAGCGAUCUCUUUUGAAAUUUCAUGCGCUAGUAGUGGUAAUGGUUUUAACACAACCCAAGUUACUCCUUCUGAGAAAAAGUUUAAAGUGAGAAUAGCCAACAACGAUAACAUCGCCAACCAUAGUGGACAAGAAGGCGGCCAAAACCUAAAGAAGACUCAGCAGCCAGAUGAGGGAGGCAUUCAACAAAUUCAAGAAUUCUUCAAGAGUAAAGGCUGUAUUCCGGCGUCGUUUGACGAGGAAGUAGAAGAAUUCAUUUUCAAGAAUCCUGCAGAUACCCAGGAAUCAAUGAAACACGACCAAGUACUGAAUACCAUCGAGACGACACUGAUGUCUAUUUCCAUCACAGCAGAAGUAAUUUCCUUUGCAUUCCUCUCAGUUAUAAGAGUUCCAAAGUCGGAGCGGAUUUUCGUGCACAAGAAUUUGCUCGUAUCACUGGCUCUUGGACAACUGGUUUACGUUCUUGACGUAAAUAACUUCCCAACAAGAAACGUGCACCAUACCAUAUGCUCCGCUAUUUCUGUCAUCCAGCACUAUCUGCAUACUUCCCUUUACACAUGGAUGUUGGUGGAAGCGAUAAACCUUUACGCAAAGAUAGUGAAAGUUUUCACUUUUGGAAAGUCCUAUGCAACAUACACCAUGAUUGGAUGGGGUAUACCAGGGGUCAUCGUUGGUUUAGUGGCAGCAAUCCAGCCUUCAACAUACGACAUGAGUACAAUUUUGUACAAAAACAUUACUUGCGGAACACUAAAACUCACAGGAACAGUUGACAGAGAAAGAUGUUGGCUCAACGGAAAUGUCUGGAAGUUUAAAGGACCCGUGCUGGCCAUGCUUCUGGUUAGGUCUCAUCAUUUGUGUUCAUAA